AUGACUAAAAAGCUAAGUGAAAUUGAUAUACUUAGUUUAUUGGGAGAUGGCUACGAUUCUGAUAUUGGAAGUAUUGACGACGAAACGGAAGAAUUAGAUUUUCCCAAUGACGAAUUUCAAAAUUUGUUGAACGAUUUCGAAGAAAUACAUGAUGAGCUAAAUGAAGUAACAACUAAUAUUCAUAAUAAUCCACCAAUAGUUGAGCCUAAUAUAAUAUAUAAUGUAACUGAAAAAAAAAAUAUAACCUGGCACAACGAACCAUACAUACCACCAAAAUUACAUUUAGAUGACAUACAAGAAAAUAUUUGCAGUAAAUUACGUUUUCCUAUCGAGUAUUUCUUAGAUUUUUUCGAUGAAACUUUUUUUGAAGAAAUCGCUUUUAAUACAACACUUUAUUCUGUUCAAAAUAGUGUACCAAAUUUUAAGGCCACCAAUUCUCAGGAAAUAAAACAGCUAAUAGCAAUACAUUUAAUAAUGGGAAGUUUAAAAUAUCCUAGAGCUCGUAUGUAUUGGGAGGACGAAUUUCGUGUCAGUUUAAUAUGUAAUACAAUGACCAGAAAUCGUUUUUUUCAGUUACGAUCAAAUUUGCAUAUAAUUAAUAAUGAAUCGAUGCCAUUAGGAAAUAAAGAUAAAUUUAUUAAAGUACGUCCAUUGUAUGAUUUGAUAAAGAAAAAGUGCAAUAGUUUACCCAAAGAACGAAAUCUUUCAAUUGACGAACAAAUGGUUCCAUUUAAAGGACAUUUGUCAGUUAAGCAAUACAUGAAAGGAAAACCUUGUCCGUGGGGUAUCAAAAUUUUUAUUUUAGCUGGCGAAAGUGGUAUAGUUUACGAUUUUAUAAUUUACCAAGGUGCAACGACUGAGUUCGAUGAAAGUACUCAAAAAAAGUUAGGACUAGGUGGUGCCGUAGUUUUAUAUCUUACGAAGACUGUUAAAGAAAAUUCGCAUUACUUGUUUUUUGAUAACUACUUUUCGUCUUUUCAAUUGUUUGAACAAUUAUAUAUUAAUAAAAUAUAUGCUAUUGGUACCAUUCGUGCAAAUCGAUUCAAUAAACCUCCAUUAUUAUCUGAUAAAGUUAUGGGGAAAAUGGGACGAGGUACUACUUAUGAAAUCCAGUCCUCCAAAACAGAUAAUGGUUGUUCCAUUGCACUUGUAAAAUGGUUUGAUAAUAAACCUGUUAAUAUGGCAUCAAAUUAUUUAGCUUCUGGUGUUAUCGACGAAGUGAAAAGAUAUGACAAAAAAGAAAAAGUUUACGUGACAGUUGAAAGGCCCGAAAUUGUUAGACUUUAUAACAAGUCAAUGGGGGGAGUAGAUAAAAUUGACCAACUAAUAAGUUUUUAUAGGAUAUUUAUUAAGUCAAAAAAAUGGACCAUGCGUCUUAUUAUGCAUGCAUUUGAUCUAGUUGUGAGUAACUGUUGGCUGAUAUAUAAAAAUGACGCAAAACAAUUAAAUACUCCUCAAAAUAAAGUGUUAGAUCUUUUACAUUUCCGAUUACAAUUAGCAAGAGAGUUAAUCGAAUUUAAUUUUAAGAAAAAAGCUGGUAGACCAAAAAAAUUUGAUGCAGAUUUUUUACCUAAAACAAGCCCUUCGACGACAAAAAAACCGAGAACAGAUAGUGUUAUUCCACCAGAACAUAUAAGAUAUGAUAGAACGAACCACUUUCCGGAAGUUGAUCACCUAAAAAACCCAACUAAAUGCAAAUAUCCUCCAUGCGAGAAUCGGCAUAGAACCCAUGUGAGAUGGUUAAAAGAAUUUAGAAAAGAUAUUGCUAUUGCAUUGGCUUGUAAAAAUAAGCCAAGAGUUGGUCGUCCUUCUUCUUCGAUAACAAAAGAAAAACAAAACGUAAAAAAAGUUCAAACACCGGUUGCACCAAGGCCUCCACAAGAAGUGAUACAAGAUAAAAUAGACCAUUGUCCAGCAUUUACCACCAAAGGCAGAUGGAGAAAUUGUUUCCAAAACUUUCACUACGCAAAAUAA